AUGUCUGGAUACCCAGCCGCCGGUGGUGGUGGUGGUAGUGGUGGUGGUGGCGGCCACCAUGACUACGACGACGGCUACGGCCAACAGGGCCGCGGCCAUGGAAAUAACGGAAAUCAGCAGACGGAUUCGUACUAUCAGGAUGACCAGUACUAUGAUCAGCAUGGUUACGAUGACCGUGGUCAUCAUCAAGGCAAUGAUGGUUACUACGACGAGUCGGGCUACUACAACGCCGACCCGAACAACCCUUAUCACCAAGAAGGUGGCUAUUACGACGGCCAAGACCAGUACCAAGACGACUAUUACAAUAACAACAAUAACAACGGAGGCGGCGGAGGGUAUUAUGAUCAAGACUAUAAUCAGGGAUACGGUUCCGGCGCUCGUCGGCACGGUUCUGAAGAGGACUCGGAGACAUUCAGCGACUUUACAAUGAGGUCAGACAUGGCUAGGGCCGCUGACAUGGACUACUAUGGAAGAGGUGACGAGCGUUACAACAGCUACGACCAAGGCGGUGCUCGAGGCUUUCGACCUCCCUCUUCCCAGAUCUCAUACGGUGGCAAUCGCUCAUCUGGUGCUUCGACCCCCAACUACGGCAUGGACUAUGCCAACAUGAUGUCGGCCGCUUCUCGGGAGCCGUACCCUGCCUGGACCUCGGAUGCCCAAAUCCCCUUGUCCAAAGAAGAGGUUGAGGACAUUUUCCUUGACCUCACAUCCAAGUUUGGUUUCCAGCGCGACAGCAUGCGCAACAUGUACGAUCAUCUGAUGACUCUGCUUGAUUCAAGAGCUUCGCGCAUGACACCCAACCAAGCUCUCCUGUCGCUGCAUGCGGAUUAUAUCGGUGGUGACAACGCCAACUACCGCAAGUGGUACUUCGCAGCCCACCUGGACCUGGAUGACGCUGUUGGUUUCGCCAACAUGAAGAAGGGCAAAGGCCUGAAGAGGAAGGCGAAGAAGAACAAGAAGAAGGGCGACCCCGAAAACGAAGCUGAAGCUUUGGAAGACCUCGAAGGUGACAACAGCCUCGAGGCCGCUGAGUACCGUUGGAAGACCCGCAUGAACCGAAUGUCCCAACAUGACCGCGUGCGCCAGCUUGCACUCUAUCUGCUGUGCUGGGGCGAGGCCAACCAAGUUCGCUUCAUGCCCGAAUGUCUUUGCUUUAUCUUCAAGUGCGCUGACGAUUACCUCAACUCCCCCGCGUGUCAAAACUUGGUUGAGCCCGUUGAAGAGUUUACAUUUCUCAACAAUGUCAUUACUCCUCUCUACCAGUACUGUAGAGACCAGGGUUAUGAGAUCUCUGACGGCGUCUACGUUCGUCGCGAGCGCGACCACGACCAAAUCAUUGGAUAUGACGACUGCAAUCAGCUUUUCUGGUACCCGGAGGGUAUUGAAAAGAUCGUGCUUGGCGAUAAGACUCGUCUUGUUGACAUUCCUCCGGCUGAGCGAUACCUCAAAUUCCAAGACAUCAACUGGAAAAAAUGUUUCUUCAAGACGUACAAGGAGACUCGUUCUUGGUUCCACUUGCUUGUUAAUUUCAACCGCAUCUGGAUCAUCCACUUGACUAUGUUCUGGUUCUACACCUCUGCCAACGCUCCCAGUUUGAUUGUGGGAUCCGCAUACGAGCAGCAGGUUAAUCAGCAGCCAUCAACUGCUCAGCUAUUCUCUGUCAUGGGUCUUGGCGGCUCCAUUGCAGCACUUAUCCAGGUUUUGGCAACUUUGGCUGAAUGGGCCUACGUCCCUCGUCGUUGGGCUGGCGCACAGCACUUGACUAAACGUCUUCUAUUCUUGAUUCUCAUCUUGGUCAUCAACGUUGCCCCUUUCUUGUUUGUCUUCAAGAUCAUCCCCGGCGUCAACGACCAGAUUGCCAAAAUUUUGGCAAUAGUGCAGUUCGUCAUCGCGCUUCUCACAUUCCUUUUCUACUCAGUCAUGCCUCUUGGCGGGCUGUUUGGAAGUUAUUUGACCAAGAACUCCCGCAAAUAUGUUGCAAGUCAGACGUUUACUGCCAGCUACCCGCGCUUGACUGGUAAUGACAUGGCAAUGUCGUAUGGCCUCUGGGUCUGCGUUUUUGGUGCGAAAUUCGGCGCAUCCUACGCCUACCUGACUCUUUCAUUCAGGGAUCCCAUCAGAUUUCUGUCCAUCAUGAAGAUUGAGUGUCUCGGAGACAAAAUCUUUGGGGACGUUCUUUGCAAGAAGCAGCCCUAUAUCCUAUUGGCACUAAUGGCCUUCACGGACUUGAUCUUCUUCUUCCUUGAUACGUACCUGUGGUACGUGUUGGUCAACUCUUUCUUCUCCAUUGCCAGAUCUUUCUACAUCGGAUCCUCGAUCUUGACGCCUUGGAGAAACAUCUUCUCCCGGCUGCCGAAGCGUAUCUAUUCCAAGAUCCUCGCAACAACAGACAUGGAGAUUAAGUACAAGCCGAAGGUUCUCAUCUCUCAGGUUUGGAACGCCAUUGUCAUCUCCAUGUACCGAGAGCACUUGUUGGCCAUCGAUCAUGUUCAGAAGCUUCUGUACCACCAGGUUCCUUCCGAGCAAGAGGGCAAGAGGACCUUGAGAGCACCUACAUUCUUCGUUUCUCAGGAGGAUCACUCCUUCAAGACAGAAUUCUUCCCCGCUAACAGUGAGGCCGAACGGCGCUUUUCCUUCUUCGCCCAGUCGCUGUCAACGCCAAUUCCUGAACCUCUCCCUGUCGAUAACAUGCCAACUUUCACUGUCAUGAUUCCUCACUAUAGCGAAAAGAUCUUACUUUCCCUUCGCGAGAUCAUUCGUGAGGAUGAGCCUUAUUCGCGCGUCACAUUGCUAGAGUAUCUGAAGCAGUUGCACCCUCAUGAGUGGGAUUGCUUUGUAAAAGACACCAAGAUCCUGGCUGACGAGACGUCUCAAUACAACGGCGACAACGAGAAGAACGAAAAGGAUACGGCAAAGAGCAAGAUUGAUGAUCUGCCAUUCUACUGCAUUGGUUUCAAGUCUUCUGCGCCCGAGUACACCCUACGAACCCGUAUCUGGGCCUCCCUUCGCUUCCAGACCUUGUACCGCACUAUUUCCGGCUUCAUGAACUAUAGCAGAGCCAUCAAGCUUUUAUAUCGUGUGGAGAAUCCCGAGGUUGUUCAGAUGUUUGGAGGCAAUUCAGACAAGCUGGAACGAGAACUUGAGCGUAUGGCUCGCCGCAAGUUCAAGAUUUGUGUGUCGAUGCAGCGUUUUGCCAAGUUCAAGAAGGAGGAGAUGGAAAAUGCUGAAUUUCUGCUUCGUGCCUAUCCCGACCUUCAGAUUGCUUAUCUCGACGAGGAGCCUCCUGCUGCGGAGGGAGAGGAGCCACGUCUGUACUCUGCCCUGAUUGAUGGACACUCCGAAAUCAUGGAGAACGGAAUGCGCAAGCCCAAAUUCCGCAUCCAGCUCUCUGGCAAUCCUAUUUUGGGAGAUGGUAAAUCCGACAACCAAAACCACGCGCUCAUCUUUUACCGGGGCGAAUACAUUCAGCUCAUCGAUGCCAACCAGGACAAUUACUUGGAGGAGUGCCUCAAGAUUCGGAGUGUUCUGGCCGAGUUCGAGGAGAUGAAGACUGAUGAUAUCAGCCCUUAUACCCCUGGUGUGAAGAACAAGGUGACUGCUCCCGUAGCCAUUCUUGGUGCCCGCGAGUACAUCUUCUCUGAGAACAUUGGUAUCCUUGGUGACGUCGCAGCUGGAAAGGAACAGACGUUUGGUACUCUCUUUGCCCGUACUUUGGCUCAGAUCGGCGGUAAGCUGCACUACGGCCAUCCUGAUUUCCUCAACGGUAUCUUCAUGACAACUCGCGGCGGCGUCUCGAAAGCUCAGAAAGGCCUUCAUCUCAACGAGGAUAUUUACGCUGGUAUGAACGCCAUUUUGCGUGGUGGCAGAAUCAAGCACUGCGAAUACUACCAGUGUGGCAAGGGUCGUGAUUUGGGCUUCGGCUCAAUUCUGAAUUUCACCACGAAGAUUGGUACUGGUAUGGGUGAGCAGAUGCUCUCUCGCGAAUACUACUAUCUAGGAACCCAGCUGCCCUUGGAUCGGUUCCUCUCUUUUUACUACGCCCAUCCCGGUUUCCAUCUGAACAACAUGUUUAUCAUGCUCUCUGUUCAGCUGUUCAUGAUUUGUCUCCUCAGCUUGGGAGCUCUCCGACACGAGACUAUCAAGUGCGACUACAACCGCGAUGUUCCCAUCACCGACCCUCUCAUGCCGACUGGCUGUCAAAACACUGACGCUCUUAUGGACUGGGUUUACCGUUGCAUCUUGUCGAUUAUCUUCGUCUUGCUUUUGGCUUUCGUCCCUUUGAUCUUCCAGGAGUUGUCCGAGAGGGGUUUCUUGCGAGCCAGCAAGCGUCUCGCCAAGCAGUUCCUUUCGCUUUCACCUUUCUUCGAAGUCUUCGUUUGCCAAAUUUAUGCCAAUUCAGUACAACAGGAUCUCUCUUUUGGCGGCGCACGAUACAUUGGUACCGGCCGUGGUUUCGCGACUGCCCGCAUCCCCUUCGGCGUUCUAUACUCGCGUUUCGCGGGCCCGUCCAUCUACUUCGGAGCCCGUCUCUUGAUGAUGUUGCUUUUUGCCACUGUUACCAUCUGGCAAUCAGCGCUUGUCUACUUCUGGAUCUCCCUGCUCGCCUUGGUCAUCUCACCAUUCCUCUACAACCCUCACCAGUUUGCUUGGAGCGAUUUCUUCAUUGACUACCGCGAUUUCCUUCGAUGGCUCUCGCGUGGUAACUCUCGCUCUCAUGCCUCCUCAUGGAUCGCCUUCUGCCGUCUGUCUCGUACCCGUAUUACAGGUUACAAGCGCAAGGCUCUUGGUGACCCUUCUGCGAAGAUGUCAUCCGACGUUCCCCGUGCCGCCAUCACGAACUUGUUCUGGGGUGAGAUCUUGACCCCUCUCCUGUUGGUGGUUGUUACCGUCAUUCCAUACCUGUAUAUCAAUGCGCAGACUGGUGUAACCGAGGAAAACAACCGAGACACUAACGAGUUGAUCAUGGCUACCAACUCGCUGAUCAGGGUUGGUCUCGUGGCACUCGCCCCCAUCGCUAUUAACGCUGGUGCCCUGAUGGUAUUCUUCUUCAUGGCGUGCUUUAUGGGUCCCCUCCUAAGCAUGUGCUGCAAGAAGUUUGGCAGCGUGCUUGCGGCAAUUGCUCAUGGCAUAGCCGUAGUUGUUCUCCUGGUUUUCUUCGAGGUUAUGUUCCUCCUGGAAGGGUUUGUCUUUGCGAGAACCUUGCUUGGCAUGAUUGCUGUUGUUGCCAUUCAGCGCUUCAUUUUCAAGCUGAUCAUUUCACUCACUUUGACGCGUGAAAUUAAGACGGACCAGUCCAACAUUGCCUUCUGGACGGGUAAAUGGUACUCUAUGGGAUGGCACUCAGUUUCACAGCCUGCUCGUGAGUUCCUUUGCAAGAUAACAGAGUUGGGCAUGUUUGCGGCCGACUUCGUGUUGGGUCAUUUCCUCCUUUUCAUCAUGCUGCCGGUUAUUCUUGUUCCCAAGAUUGACAUGCUGCACUCAAUGAUGCUCUUCUGGCUUCGCCCUGGUCGUCAAAUUCGCCCACCAAUCUACUCAAUGAAGCAGUCUAAGCUGAGGCGCAAGCGUGUCUUCAGAUAUGCCAUCCUCUACUUCACCCUGUUCGUUGUUUUCAUGGCUCUCAUGAUUGGCCCUGCGGUUGCGGGUGACAAGAUUCCUACCAACAUCUUCAAGGAACUGAACUCGAAGGACUUAAGGCUGCUCCAACCUAAUUUGAACCACGACAACACGCAGAAUGAUACCCAGACUGGCACAGGAAGGAAAGACUAUUCUGGGCCGGGCAAAUCAUCGACGGGUACUGCUCGGGCAACGAGCACUGGCGGCUCCAACAGAGUCCGUCUGUUUUAA